AUGUCGGGAUUUGUUUUAUUCUCUGUUUUAUGUGGUGCAGGGCAAAUAUGUUAUAGUUCCAUAUAUAAUUACAGACAACGAUUAAUCCUUAAAUCAUCAAAUCAAGAUCAAUUACAACCUUUCAACACAUCGUCCCAGGAUUCUAAUAUUCAGAAUGAAAAGAAAAAACUCGGUUUUUUAGAUCGGUUGGCCGCAAUAAAAUGGUCACCCAUUACAAAGCUAUCCGAAGAACAGUAUAAAGAGCAUAUGAAAGCCAAAGAAGAAAAACGAUUAGGGGAUUCUAAUAAAACUAAAAAUAAUGAUGAAUGA